GCGUGCAGGGUCAGACAUCCAAAGGAAGGUCUAUUCAACCCUCAUCGUGCCGACCCCCGCUUCCCGCCCAGCGCACCGCAGAAUGGCAGCCCACAGCCUCCCAUAUCAAUGGGUUCAACACGGAGAGGGGGGAAUAUAGAUGUUCCGCCUUGGUGGAGUACUCCGCUUGGAGGGCACUAG